AUCUAUUCCAAGAAAGUAUUUUUUUUUCAUUUAACUCUUUUAUUGAAUCAAGCACAAAUGAAGUUAAAUAAAAUAAUCCAUAAUAAUAAGUCUAAGACCAAUGUCAAUUUUAAUAAUAUAAAUCCAGUGUUCAUAUAUUGGUUAUCUGUGAAAUAUAACCUGCGAUCAUCAAAGCAUAGACUACUUCAUCAAAUUGUCAAUUAGUCAAAACGGUAACCGCUAAGGCUAAACAAUCAUCUUCAUGUAAUCUAACAUUAAUCGAAGAUGUCGGUAAAUAUAGGGAAAAAACUGUUUUCCCUCAUUUCCUCUUCACCAUUUCGUAAUAAUAUUCGCCUCAUGAGUUCCUUCCGGGGCCACCAACUUGUCUUCAAUGAAUUUGGAGAGCCUCUAAAAGUGAUACAUAAGGAAGAAUGCAUAACAGAGGUUCCGAAAAACAACGAUGUCGUUGUUAAGAUGAUAGCAGCGCCCAUUAAUCCUGCAGAUAUCAACACAAUCCAAGGAAAGUAUCCAGUUAAGCCAAAGUUGCCAGCCGUUGCUGGCAACGAAGGUGUUGGGGAAAUUGUAUCAUUAGGUCCUAAUGUCACCGAAUUUAAAUUAGGAGAUCGUGUUAUACCACUUCAAAGUGGGUUAGGAACAUGGAGAACAUACAUGAGUCUCUGUAAAGAAAAUAUACUCAAAAUACCGAAAGAAGUCGGCCUUGCCGAAGCAGCUACUCUAUCUGUAAAUCCAUGCACAGCAUAUAGAAUGCUGAAAGAUUAUGAGUAUCUCAAACCUGGAGAUACAGUCAUUCAGAACGGAGCAAAUUCAGCUUGUGGACAGAAUGUAAUUCAAAUUUGUAGGGCUUGGGGUGUAAGAACAGUAAAUAUUGUGAGGAAUAGACCAAAUUUAACCGAACUGGUGAAUUAUCUGAAAGAUCUUGGUGCAACUCAUGUGUUAACUGAAGAAGAGCUAAGAACCACCUCGAUUUUUAAAAAUUGUGAUAAUCUUGCCAAACCAAAACUUGCUCUAAAUUGUGUUGGUGGAAAGAAUGCCUUAGAAAUGCUACGACACUUGGAGAACAAUGGUACAAUGGUUACUUAUGGAGGAAUGUCCAGGGAACCAGUUACAAUCCCAACAUCUGCUCUGAUUUUCAAAGAUCUUAAAAUUAGAGGAUUUUGGAUGACUAAGUGGUCGAAAGAAAAUUCAGCUAAUAUAGACAGGUAUGAAAUGUUCGAAGAACUUAUUUCCAUGAUGACAAAUAAUGAACUUCGUGGACCUUCUCACAAAAUGGUUGAUUUUAACAAUUAUGAAGAAGCCCUAAUGAAUACAAUGACAGUUAAAGGAAUGAUAGGCAAAAAAUAUAUUCUUAGUUUUGCAAAUAACUAAAAAUAUGGAUAAGUAUACAUUUUUUCAAAUCCAUUUGAAUAUGUUUGCCUUCAAAUUGUUGUAGAACUUUUUAUUUUAUUCUUGUAUCGUUAAGUUAUAGAUAGAUUGUUUAUUUUUUAUUUGUUGCUCACAGUCCUCUAAUGAUUGCUGCACAAAAGACUUUGGUUACAUAUUUUUUAUGGAAACAAAAUAAAGUUUUAAUGUUUA